GAAAUAUAUUAGCUUCUAGUGAUGGAGAUAACUAUAUUCGUUUUGGGAUGUUAAGAAAGAAUAGUUAAAAGCUAAAUUAGAUUUUCAUAGUCAAUGGGUUCAAAUAGUAUGCUUCUCUUCUGAUGGGUUAUGUUUAGCAUCGGUUAAUGGAGAUUACUCCAUACGUUUGUGGAAUGAUAAGACAGGAUAAUUAAAAGCCUUAUUGAA